ACUCAUCCCGAAAUCUCUGGAACCCGUCAAACACGCAGAUACAAACUACAUGCUUUCAAGCCACUGGAUUUCUCUUGUUACACUGGUGUGUGUUUGUGGCUAUAUUUAGCCCUUGUUUUUCUCUUGCUUACCCCAUCUCUAGUGUAACUGAGUCUAGAAAGGGUUAUAAAUAUUUCAGAGUGCACGGGUACCCCAAGCAACAAGGUAACCAGGGUUAGUUCAGAGACAUGGCUUGCGAGAAGCAAGUGGUACAGAGCAAAUGUCCAGGGUCUGAACACGUUGUAUUGGACAAGGCCCACACACACGACGAGAUCCAUGAAGAGGUCCAGGAGGAUAGUAAAGAUUUGGUGCCAGAUGUUGUUCUCCAAGUGGAGACGGAGAUGUUUUUUGUAAACCGUGAGCAACUGGCCCAACUGAGUCCUUACUUCCGAGCCCUGUUCUUUGGCGGAGGUCGAGAGAGCGGCAAGAGGCACGUUGAAAUCAAAGGUGUAAGUUUGGACCAUUUCCGCAGUCUUAUGGAGUACGCUCGGAACCUCAGAUUGCGUCUUGACAGGAAGAACGUCCUGGGAGUUCUCGAGACAGCAAACUUCCUUCAAUUAGAAAAAGCCAGACUGUUAUGCUGCAAGUUUCUGGAGAGAGAGCUACACCUGAGCAACUGUUUAGGCAUGAUGGCUUACUCAUGGCAGUUGGGUUGUCUGGAGCUUUAUGCUGCUGCACGAGAAGUGGUUCUCACCCACCUGCCGGAUAUAGUUUCCGAGGAAGAUUUUAUGCACCUCUCCAAAGAGACCAUCGCCGACCUUCUUGCUAGUGAUGACCUUUUCGUUCCACAAGAGGACCUGGCUUUCGAGGUUACGUUGCGUUGGUCAACCUAUGACCCUAGUCGUGAGGAUGAUUUCUUGGAGUUGGUAGGGUUGGUUAGACCGGAGAGUUUGAGUCUGCCGUACAUCACAAAUCUCCUGACCAGAAUGAAAAGUUCUGACCCUCGUGCCAAGCUCAUCUGCAAGCUAAACGCUCAUAUUCCCACCAGUUGGACCAUGGGCAGGUCAAUGCCCAGGACUCGGUCAAGAGAGAUGCUGUUCGUGCUUGGUGGACCGCAUGAGCAUGACCAGCAGUCUCUUUAUCAGUUUAAUCCACGCAGUGGAAGGUGGCAGACCUUACCAUCUUUACAGAGGAAGUGCCUCACACAGUACUCAGUAGCAGCAGUAGGUAACAAGCUGGUGGUGACUGGUGGCUACUUCCGAGAGGUUCUGUGGUACAGCGUGGACUGGGUUCGUAUUUACGAGUGUACCAACGAGCGUUGGGUAGAUGGUCCUACACUGCAGAAAUCCAGGCACAGCCACUGUUCAGCAGCACUUGAUUGCCAGGUAUUUGUGCUGGGGGGGAGCAUGGAUGAGGGUCUUGUCCCUGACGUUGAGAGACUAGUGCUGGGAGCAGAAUGCUGGGAAAGUGUAAGUCCCAUGAUUCGGGCAGUAGAAAGAGCAGCUGCGGUCACCAUGGGCUCCUGCAUCUACGUGGCCUGUGGUCUGGAUGAAAAUGGAGAAGUAUACAGUGGAAUUCAGAGGUACAAGACGGAGUCUGACCAGUGGGAUGUAGUCUCCUAUUCUCCAUUUCCACGUUAUGACCUUCUUGCCACUGAGCUCAAUGGUGCCAUCUAUCUCCUGGGAGGUAAAGCUCUGCGGCUGGAUGUUGAAACAGACGAGUGGACUAUUCUGGAAGAGGAAUUUCUCGACAGAAAGUUCUUCACUGGCUGUUCGACUGUGAACGGACAAAUCUACUUGAUAAGUGAAAGAAAGAUUAACAAAGUCUCAACAAACAUGGUGCUCUUGGACCUGUACACCGACACUUGUAUCGAAAUGGAUGAUGCAAUACCGUGUCCCGUCCCCAUCCGAGGCUGCGUAAUGGUUCGCAUGAUGGACAGAUGACAAACGACAAUACCAUGUUGUAUCCUUCCUCAGUGCCAUGUUACAGUUUUUAUUAUACAUCAUUGAUUUCGGAUGCAAUGUUAAGAAAACGUUGGUUUUGGUUUAAAACAAAUAAUAUAUCGAGUCGGAUCCUGUGAACAGCAAUUUAUUUGUUAACGUUAGUGGAAUAUACCUGGCGAUUGGACAACAUCCUGGUGUGGCAUUGCACCAUUACAGCUAUACAUUUCCCUCACAGACUUACCAGGAAAAACAAAUACCUCGUCUGGUAUCACUGAAAAAUAAAUGGCAACAAUGCACUAAAGAACAAGAUUAUUUUUACAGACAAUAAAAGACAGUUUUAAGAACAAAGGAAUAUGGAAGUCAAUUCCUUCAGAGAAUAAUGAUCAGGAUCAGCUCUAUUGUGUAUUCCCAUGAUUUGAGGUCAUUUAAGGAAAAAGCUGACCCCAGACCAGUGCUGCACUCUUUAAGACAUUUAAAAACUACAAGGUUUUGCAGACGGUGGCUCAUGGGCAGAAAGUUCACUAACAGCUGCAGUGCAAAUAACAUCAGCCAAGUUGGAUAAGUAAAUAAGCAGCUACAAUUUGAGGGGUAGAUUGUCUACUGGAUUGCCUUAUAGAAUCCACCUCCUCAUUAAUAGCCAUCAUGCAAAAUAUACAAAAAAACUCAGGGGUCUAUUACGUGACCUCUGGCAUACCAAUACUUUUUGGAAUAAAAAAGAUCUAGGUAGAGUGAUUUUAGAGCUAUUCAUUCACAUUGUUUGGUCAUAAAUUGCUAAAAAUGAAAACUGGAAUGGUCUUUUUUUUCUAGCCCUUGUUAUUUUUUUAAACAUUUAUCCAAACUAUACCUUUAAUCAAUCAGGGAAUCUGUGAGGGCAUCUAUUAAACUAUUCAUCAGCUACCGAACUUCAUAUAAAAGCUGGUGGGAUCUGGACUACAAAUCUGAACUAUUUUCCCCAGUCGUUUUCAAAGGCAACAUCUUAUAAUAUAUAAAGAAGCGAAAUCAGCAGUCCAAUCCUAAUGACCUGGCAAUGCUACAAUGUUAUUCUGUCCAGUAUUUUCAAUAUUAUGACCCGCUGUUUAAAAGCAAACGCUACUCUAAUAAUGUGGAUGAAAAAAAAAAACCGUUGGUUUCAUAAGGCAAUCUGAGCUGCAUGAACUGCAGAAAAAGCUGAUCGUGCACAAAUGUCACAAAUCAAAUGUUCGUGAAAGACAUUUUGCGGUCGAAGCAGGAAAUGUAGGGCAAAACUGCUAACGAUUUGAGCAACAUUAAAAAGGUAAGACUGAUGUCAUGUUGGGAGUCUGAUUGUAGUGCAAAGAAUAAAAUACAGGAAUCCAUUUGUUAGAACAAAAUCUACCCAUCUUCAUGCUAUGUCACCGAAUACUCCAUUGGGAAUUUGCAAUUAAACAAUACUACAGGGUUUUUUGAGCUAUGCCUAAAUUGUCGCAUUUUUGUUUGUUCUUUUUUUAUAAUAAUGCUAUUAUUCCUUGCUAGGAAUAAUGUAAUUCAUUCCAUACAAUUUGCUAAAUGACACACCUUCUUUCUACAGAGUUUUAAUGUCUGACUACUGAAAACGUGUCAUAUGUGCCAUGGAUGGAUGAGACCAUAAAUGAGUGCUAGUUUACUUUAGUCCUGAAUAAAAUCUGCGUCGUCCUAAAACCUGUGCUGUGUUGUUAAUCGGUUGUAAAGUUUAAUUCACGUUAUAAAUUCACACUAAAACAAUCGAACAGCUACCAUCCACUUCCAUGAGGGAUUUGAACC